UCAUCUUCUUCUUCUUCUUCUUCUUCAUUUGAUCACUCUGAAGAUCAGGCUUCCCCUGAAGAACAAACGAUGAACACCGAUCUUCCUUUUCUCAUACUGCAUCACUCUCCCCAAAACAAUCUCGACAAAUUCAUCCAUCGAUUCGGUUCACGAUUCCGUCUCAUCGAUCCCUUGCUCCCUUCCUUCUCCCCCGCCGACGCCAAUCUAUCUCGCAUCCUCGUCUGUGUCGGACUAGCACCAGUCAAUCCCUCCACGCUUGAUCGAUUCCCGUCGAUCCAAUGUGUGAUCGGAACCAGCGCCGGCGUCGACCACAUUGACACCGGCGAGUGCCAUCGAAGGGGAAUCAAGGUAACCAACGCCGGCAUUGCCUUCUCGGAGGACGUUGCCGAUUAUGCAAUCGGACUUCUGAUCGAUGUUCUUCGUCGUAUAUCGGCUAGUCAACGGUACAUUCGAUCUGCUUCAUGGCCUGUCAAAGGGGAUUAUCCUCUAGGCUCUACGUUAGGAGGAAAACGGAUUGGAAUUAUAGGGCUUGGAAGCAUAGGUUCGAUGAUUGCUACACGACUAGAAUCAUUCGGCUGCAUCAUUUCAUAUUCAUCUCGAACCGAGAAGUCUAAAACAACCUACACUUACUUCAAAAGUGUUGACAAUCUCGCGCGAAACUGUGACAUUCUCAUAGCAUGUUGUUCCUUAACUUCCGAAACGCACCACAUAAUCAAUCAAGAAACGAUGAUGUUGUUGGGGAAGGAGGGUAUCGUUAUUAAUGUUGGUAGAGGAGGUCUUGUUAAUGAGAAAGCUUUGGUGGAGGCUUUGAUUAAAGGUGAACUUGGAGGUGCGGGUCUUGAUGUGUACGAGGAGGAACCGGUUGUGUCAAGAGAGUUGUUUAAGUUGGACAACGUUGUUUUGUCUCCUCAUUGUGCGGUUUUCACUCCGGAGGGAAUGGAAAUGAUGUUGGAUGUUGUGGGAACAAACAUUGAAGCUUUCCUUGCAAACAAACCAUUGCUGUCUGAAGUAAAAUAUGCAUAAAUGAAGGUAGAGAUGUUUAAAUGUAAUUGGAAGUAUAAGAUUUAAACAUGAUUGAAAACUAUGGAAUCUAAACUUACAAUAAUUCAUAUACAUUGUGUUUUCUUUAUUAUCCUAUAAAUAUUUAAUGUGUUUGGUCCUCUCGAUGGGCGAGUAGUUCGUUAUCGAAUGGGGUAGAAAAUUAUUUUGAUACCUAAUCUUCGAUAAUAUUUAAUUUAUGAAGCAA